AUACGGGCCUCCUGUCCAUGGCCGGUCUCCACCUUUCGUCAAAUUGCGGCCAUUGGCGAUUACUACGCCAGCAUACAGGCUACAGCACUGCCUUGUGGAGGAGUGGAUCUCCGGUGAGCACGAAGACGAGCUCCCAUGGCGCACGGGGGCGGAUACGCCUGGGCUCUCGCGGCGGGCCUCAACGCCGCGCUCGCCGCCAUCUCCGCCAAGUUCUUCGCGCCUACGUUGCUGAAAUACGUCCUGGUGGUACUCUUCAACGUGACAAUGUGGGGGUGCUACGUCAACAGCCUCAAAGCUUUGUCGUCCCUCCAGGCAACGGUCACGAACUUCGCAGCCAACUUCAUCUCGUCAGGUCUUGCGGGGUAUUUCCUGUUUGAGGAGCCCCUGCCUUCCAAGUGGUUUGCAGGUGCUAGUCUGAUCAUGCUUGGAGUGUUUAUCCUCAGCAAAUCAAGCAUUGAGAAGAAACAGAGCUCUGAUUAAGUGGAAGUUGCUGACAGAGUGUUAGUUUUGUCUAAAUUUUGCAGCUUAUACCUCUAUAUCCAUUGGAUGUUUGUCCAUCCUAAUGCAGUGCUAAAAUUUGUACCCUUAGUUGCACAUUUCUUCUCAGCUCAUCGACUAACUGAUACAACUUGUCAUGUUUCCUUCAAGUUGAGAUGCACCACCCAUGUUGUAAUUUGUAAGUAUAAACGAGCGCACGAUCUAAGAUUUUUUUGGUUUAUUUCCAUGAGGAGGACAUUCAAAC